GGAUAGCUACAUUCAUUUCAUUGCGACCUUGAAGCACUGCAAAUUCAGUUAAUCUCUUGGGAAAUCUAGUUAUCAAUGGAGUCUCAGGCUAAAGAAGCAAAGGUUCCAGCCACAAUACUAGCCAUUGGGACUGCAAAUCCAGUAAGCUGUUACUACCAAGAAGACUAUCCCGAUUUCUUGUUCAAAGUCACCAAAAGCGAGCACAAGACCGAAUUAAAAGACAAGUUCAAACGCAUAUGUGAAAAGUCGAUGGUAAAGAAGCGAUAUCUGGGAGUCACAGAAGAGAAUCUAAAAGCCAACCCUAACAUAUGCAGCUACAAGGCUCCCUCACUCGACGCACGUCAAGACUUACUGAUUCACGAGGUCCCCAAACUCGGUAAAGAAGCGGCGUUGAAGGCCAUCAGAGAAUGGGGCCAACCCAUUUCAAGCCUCACCCACCUCAUCUUCUGCACAGCUUCCUGCGUCGACAUGCCCGGUGCCGACUUUCAGCUCGUCAAGCUCCUCGGCCUAAAUCCAUCUAUCAACCGGUUCAUGAUCUACCAGCAAGGCUGCUUUGCUGGUGGGACGGUGCUACGGAUUGCCAAGGACGUGGCCGAGAACAAUGCCGGAGCUCGUGUUCUGAUCGUGUGCUGUGAGAUCACCACCAUGUUUUUUCAGCAACCUUGUGACAGUCACUUGGAUGUUUUGGUCGGACAGGCUCUGUUUUCGGACGGUGCGGCGGCUUUGAUUGUUGGGGCCAAUCCGGACCCCAAAAGUGAACGUCAACUGUUCAAUAUCAUGUCUGUUAGAGGGACUAUUAUCCCAAACUCGGAGCAUGGAGUUGUGGCACAUUUGCGUGAGAUGGGGUUUGAGUAUUACCUAUCAUCAGAAGUUCCAAAGUUGGUUGGUGGGAAAAUCGAAGAGUGUUUGAGUAAAGGGUUUGAGGGCAUUGGGGUUAAUGGUGAUUGGAACUCGUUGUUCUUUAGCGUUCAUCCUGGGGGUCCUGCAAUUCUGGACAAGGUUGAAGAAGAGCUGGGUUUGAAGGAGGGGAAGCUGAAGGCAACAAGGCAUGUGCUGAGUGAGUUUGGGAAUAUGGGAGCUCCAUCUGUGCUUUUUAUUUUGGAUGAGAUAAGGAAGAAGUCAAUGGAGGAAGCAAAAGCCACAACUGGUGAAGGUUUGGAAUGGGGUGUGUUAAUUGGGAUCGGGCCAGGACUCACUGUGGAGACUGUUGUGCUCCGCAGUGCUCCCACUGCUAUUUGAAGUACUCGUUGUGGUUAAUAUUUCUAAAAGCAUGGUUUGUUUUCAUGUCUGGUGUAAUUUUCUAUUUGGUUUGUCAGGGGCGUGGCUACCUUAUGGCCUACAGUGGCCUGGACACCCUCAU